GCUGGACUUUGGUGCCUAACUUUUUGCUCAGGGGUGCAGCAGCUAGUGGCUAUGGGGGACUUCAAGCAUUUGGUGAUUGCAAAGUUCAAGGAAGGUGUUGUGGUUGAGGAGAUUUUGAAUGGGAUGACCAAGUUGGUUUCUGAGAUCGAUUCUGUCAAGUCCUUUGAAUGGGGGCAGGACAUCGAAAGCCAAGAGAUGCUUAGACAAGGCUUCACUCAUGCAUUCUUGAUGACAUUUCACAAGAAGGAAGACUUCACUGCAUUUCUUGGCCAUCCCAAUCACCUCGAAUUCUCUGCAACAUUUUCUGCAGCUAUUGAGAAAAUUGUGCUUCUUGAUUUCCCAGCUGUUCUUGCCAAGGCACCAGCUUGAUAUCUAGAAACAACCUUUUAAACAUUAAGAAAAAAAGGCCCCCCAAGUAUCUGUGUCGUAUUAUUGUGUGCAUCUUAUAUAUGUGUUAAUUUGCUACUACUAUUUAUGUGACAUGUCACAAGUGACCGUGUGCUGUAGCUUGUACUGUGGAUUUAUGUUACAGUUGUUUUACA